GCAUCUGUCGGUCCAGUGAAACUUAGGUCCGUAUGUUAUCUCGGCGGUCCAGUCAGUCCAACUGGGAAUGAACACAUCGCCAAGCAACAUUACGAAGUAGGUGGUGAAAGGAACCAACCAAACCGAGACCACAACCAGUUGAACGUCAAGCUUCGCUGUGGUGUUCAUCGUCAGUCAGUCAGUCUUCUCUCGUAACAUGGUCGCAGCAACGAAAUCCUGUACGUGGCAUACGACGGCGAUCCUGGUGCUGUUGCUGAUCGGCCUGGCCGGAACUCAACAGCAACCUCAGCAGCAGCAACAACCUCCGCAGCAGCAGCAAGCGGAACAGCAGGAGUCACGACCAUGGUACGAAGCCCUUCCGGCGGUGGCCAUGGAUUACAAGGUGCACAUUGAGGCUGGAAAAGAAGACUGCUACUUUCAGUACGUCCAACCGGGCAGCACUUUCUACGUCAGCUUUCAGGUGAUCCGGGGUGGUGACGGAAUGGCCGGAUUUGCCGUGCGGAAUCCACGGGGUGAGAUUGUGCACCCGUACCAGUGGCAGGCGUCCAGCGAUUACACCGACGGAUCGUCGAUGGGUGGAUACUAUGCCGUGUGUAUCGAUAACCAGUUUGCCAAAUUUGCGUCGAAGCUCGUGAAUCUGUACCUGACGGUGAUCCGGUACGACGAGUGGGAGAAGUACACCAAGGAGAUUGAGGAUUUGAACGUGAACAUUAACAACUUUACGGGCACAAUCUCGACGGUGGAGCGCAACCUGAACGCCAUGUUCCAGUACCAGUCGCACUCGCGGAACACCGAAGCUCGCGACUACGCGCUGAUCAUCGACAACAACUCGUACGUGCAAAGCUGGUCCCUGCUGCAGAUCGUCGUCAUCAUCCUGACCACCUCGGUGCAGGUGUACUUUGUGCGGAAGCUGUUUGACGUGAAGAGCGGCACGAGCACCAAGAUGCGGAUUUAGAGGAAGGGGAGUUUUGAGGGGAAUACCCAGGUUGUGAAGCAGCGCGAAUAUCAUUCCAACAAACAAAUAGAAACCAGCUACCAGCGCACAACGAAUGAUGAGUGAAGUAUUUUUUUUUUAGUUUUCUUUAAUUAUAACAGCAUGUUUCUUGAGAUUUAAAAAAGGCUAAUUAAGAUGCACGGUUAGUCACAGACGGUUCGUAUAGUAGCUCCAAAAGAAGAAUGAUCGAUUUUAUGGUCGUGUUUCCAGAUUUGAUACUUAUGGUCGAGAUAGUUUGUCUCGUCACUUAAAAAGUGAAAACAGUUCAUUUUGUAAUUUGUGCGUCCGAAUGCAAUAUAUAUUCUGUUUAUCAAUAAACAAAUGUACAUUAAA